CUCUGCACGCUGCACUCUCUCUCUCUCUCUCUCUAACGCCACCUCCUCCUCCUCCUCCUCCUCCUCCAAUGGCGGCGGCGGCCUUGAUCCGCCUCUCCUCGAAACCGUCGCUCUCCUCCGCCGCCUCUCGCGUUGCCCGAUGCUUCGCCUCGGCUCCCACCUCCCAAGCCGCGCCUUCCUCCUCCUCCCCAUCCUCCUCCUCGCCUCCGUUGUUCGCCUUCUCCGCAAACCCUAGCCCGGCUCGCCGCGAGGAUCCCGAGGCCAGGAACGUGCAGUGGGUGUUCCUCGGCUGCCCCGGCGUCGGCAAGGGCACCUACGCCAGCCGCCUCUCCGUUCUCCUCGGCGUCCCCCACAUCGCCACCGGCGAUCUCGUCCGCGAGGAGCUCUCCUCCUCCGGUCCUCUCUCUCUUCAGCUGAAGGAGAUCGUGAAUCAAGGUCAAUUGGUAUCUGAUGAAAUAAUCAUAAGGUUAUUGUCCAAGAGGCUUGAGGCUGGAGAAGCUAAAGGUGAAUCAGGAUUUAUUCUUGAUGGGUUCCCACGCACGACAAAGCAAGCGGAAAUACUGGAAGGGGUGACAGAGAUUGACUUGGUGGUCAAUCUGAAACUCCGUGAAGAUGUCUUGAUGGAGAAAUGUCUUGGAAGAAGAAUAUGUAGUCAGUGUGGCAAGAAUUUUAAUGUUGCCAGCAUUAAUGUCAAGGGUGAGAAUGGGAAUCCUGGAAUUAGCAUGGAUCCUCUUCUACCCCCUCCACAUUGCAUGACAAAGCUCAUUACUCGGUCCGACGAUACUGAAGAAGUAGUGAAGGAACGGCUUAAGAUCUAUUAUGAAAAGAGUCAACCUGUAGAAGAUUUCUACCGGAGGCAAGGAAAGCUUCUGGAGUUUGACCUGCCAGGCGGGAUUCCAGAAUCAUGGCCGAAGUUGCUGGAAGCUCUUAAUCUUGAUGAUUAUGAGGAAAAGCAGUCUGCCGCAGCAUGAGUAUGUUGUGCACUUAAAUAUCUGAAGCAUUCUGCCGCAGCGUGAGUAUGUCGCGCACUUAAAUAUCUGAGUACCAUUCUUUGCACAGACAUUGUGCAUGUUGAGCAAUUUUACUUGGGGUGAUCUUUUCCCUUUUUGUUUCCUUGGAAUAAAGGAACUUAGAAAUUUCACCUGUUCAUUUUUUCAAAUGAUGACCAGUGCCUUAUUAGGACUGGAUUUUGUAGGGAUGGUUUUUGUCCUGUCUUUUUCAGAGAGAGAGAGAGAGAGAAUCAGAGAAGCUGAAACUUAAGUUUUAAUUUUUUGUUGACUUUGAGAGGUUAGAUAAGGAUCUAUGAAGGUAAGUCAUACCUUAGAUAGGUGGAAGCUAUGUAAUCUUUUCAUUUUUUGUUUUCAUUACAACGGAAUAUCAAGACAUGCAAUAUGUUGUCUAGUUUUAUAGAAUAAGAAAUAAAAGAGGAGUAGCAUGCAGGUUGUUA